UUUGGUGGGAUAGAGGUAUUUUAUUCUCCUUUUAGAGAUCUUUUGGCCAACUUAAUUUUGUUAUGACAGGUUCUAUUGAAGUGAUUUUCUCAAUCAAACAGACUGGAGUUAAUCAGGCUUGGGGGUGGUCAGUGAAAAUCAACUCUGCUUUCCAAAAAAAACAAAAAAAGCCCUGAGCAACUGUAAUGUCAUUUUCAGUCGACAGCAACUGGCAAAAUGGCCGCCCCUUGAGAUAGAUAAAACAGCGUAGAUUUUGCCUCUUAAUUCCUAGUCCACAAAUGCAACACCAAUCAGAAUACAAUUUUUCGACUACCAUGGGUGUACACAACAUUUUAAUGUAAAGAAAAUAUUUGCGGUGACUUGCACUUUAAAGGCAGCUUGAGCUAAUUUGUUAUUUCAGAAGUGAGUAUGAAACUCGUGGACCUUUGCAUUAAUCAGUAUCCAAGAAGUACUGUAGUUCUCAGUUUCAAAACGUUUGGUGACUCAUGGCCUAUAUUCCUUGUCACAUUUACUACUUUAUCACUUGGAAUGUGGUGUAAAUUAACUCCAGUCUGCUCUUACGGUGUUGUGAUGUUGUCGUCUAUGUACUUGUUCUUUAAAUUAUUCUUAAUCCCUCGUGGGGAAAUUCACCAACGGGUGAUCAUUGAUAAAUAUUAUUGGCAAAAAUAGAGGGUUCAUUCUCAACCUUUGUUCGUGGCUUCAUGGGUCGCUCGAGCAGGGGAGAAGUGACGGGGUGGGGGCUGCAGUCCGGCCAGAGCUCGUCUCAAGUGUGACAGCCCCGCCCAUUCCUACGUCUCUGCUUUUGCACCUGCUUUACCUUGCCUGCCACUGAGCGCAAACCUCCCAGGAGCUUACCUACCUGCCCGCACUGCAGUUUGUACGCAUCCUUAAAUCCCCUCCGCCACCCACCCCACCCCACCCCAUGGACCCACAGAGGCAUCCAGCAGGUACGCAGCGUGAGGAGUGGUAAAAGAGAGCGAGCGAGCGAGCGAGAGAGCGAGCAAGACAGAGAGACAGGAAGAAGCGUGUAUUUGCAGAACGUGGACAGUGGCGAAGAAUCCUUGCACAACAUGGAAUAAGUGAUCGAGGCGGUCAGGAUCCACGCCAAGUGUGCUCCUCUGUGAACUUCGCGAUGGCUGCUUCUGUUGCUGCUUCUACUGCUUCUCUCGGGGAACUUAGUGGCGUCCUGCACGGCAUCGACGGUAUCGCGCACGUCGGGUCCCAUUUCCUCUUGACCCCAAUCGUGGACAGUCCACCGACCCUGCUCGGGGAGCAACUCUUACCGGGGGACGGACUGUCCCGCAGCUCGGCCGCGGAUUUAACGCACCUCAAAGGGAUCCUGAGGAGGAGGCAGUUGUAUUGCAGGACUGGUUUCCAUCUGGAAAUACUUCCGGAUGGCACCGUGCAAGGGACGAGAAAGGACCACAGUCGUUUCGGUAUUUUGGAAUUUAUAAGCCUUGCUGUUGGCCUAAUAAGCAUCCGAGGAGUGGACAGUGGACUCUAUUUGGGAAUGAAUGACAAAGGAGAGCUAUAUGGCUCUGAGAAGCUGACAGCUGAAUGUGUCUUUCGAGAGCAGUUUGAGGAGAACUGGUACAACACAUACUCGUCCAACCUCUACAAACACGGAGACAAAGGGACGCGUUAUUUUGUGGCUUUAAAUAAAGACGGGACACCGAGGGAUGGGACUAAAUCCAGGCGGCAUCAAAAAUUUACACACUUCUUGCCCAGGCCCGUUGACCCUGAUCGCGUGCCAGAGCUAUACAGGGACAUCCUGGGUCAUAGCUGAAACCUGCCAAGGUCCGGUUCAGAGCGGGAAAAGCUGCUGCCACCCUUUCCACACAGGCAGCAAGUGAGUGGGGACGGAUGCAGGCUGUGCAGGCUGGAGGACAUUGGUACAGCCGGUGGGGAUAAAGGCACCCGGGCCCCUUCUAGGAAUGCACGGGCAUCUCUCAGCAGCCACAGACAGGCGAGACUGUCUGACUCUGUCAGUCUGCACGCUCAACAUGAGGGGGCCGUUUGUCCGUGUGGACGGAAGAACCUCAAAGUACCUGCAAUAGAAUGGGAGUCCAAGCCGGAACGGCCUUGUCCUCUGGGACAUCUGAUGAGCGUGUGGGAAUGUGUUUGUUUGUGUGCUUUGCGCUGUUCAGGAGGACUUUGAAGGAAAACAGUGACUUUUUUUUAAAGAAGAGCUAAAGUGUACUGAUUUAUUUAUUCCUUUUAGAUACAUAUAUUUAUGUUAUAUAUUUAUUUAUUUGAGAAUAUAUUUUUUACAUUUAGAUACAUGCAGCAUAGAGAAACCACUAGAAAGUGUAUGAAUUAUGUAAAGACUGAAACACUGUACAAUUACUGUCUUCUAUCCAUUGAAAAGCUCCACAAUACUGUCAGGCCACCAAGAAUAUGAUCAAUGUUAGUGACAUUUUUAAUCGUCCCCCUAAUGUUCUCAAUGCAUUUCACCACAAGUACAAGUUACAAUUAAAAAUGUGGCACAGUUACAGACCAACCGUGUGUGUCAUCAGCAAGAUCCCUUACAGGUUUUUGAUGUCAAACAAUAAAUACGAAUGUGAUCAUGAUGUGUUUCACCGUGAGAAUCGAAGCUAACUGACGCCCAUGGUUACUUUCGAAAGCCAUUUGUAAAAGAAACACUUUGAUUGGUUGCCUUUAUCAUCCACAGUUUCAACAUAUAAACCUGUUUACAAGAUCAA